UGUUCACUAGGUAGCUAGAGGCUAUAGCCAUAUUUGCAUGGCUCCAGAAAGCAUUGUGCAGCACCUUCUCAGUAGGUACUGCUUGGCACAUAUUCAGGAUCAUUUUUCACAUUUGGGGCAGAAAUUCUAUUUCAAGUAGUCCUUGUGGCCACCAAGAGACAGAGCUGAAAUUCUGGAUGUUCCCAGAUGAGAAUUGCAGGGAUGGUAGCCCCUUCUGAGAGCAUGAAAUCUGCCAGGCUUCAAGGAGGACAUGAGCACAGGUGAGAGACACAGGACCUAAGUCAAUAUUGCUCCAAAGGCCUGUGUGUGCUGUAAAAACAGAGAAACAAGAGAGUGCAACAUAAAGGCCCAUAGUGGCUGAAUGUGGAAUUCCCACCAGGGGAAGAACAUAGUUCUCUGGAUCACACCCUGAGCUCCUGGCAGCUGCAUGGGAACAUUGAUGCCAGCAAUUUAAGGAUCUUCACAUUUGCUCUCCGUGAACCAAGCUAUUGCACUCGACGUUGACAUAGCUGGUGAAGACACUCGGUGAAAGUUUCAUUGAAAAAUCAGAACCCUCAGAAAGGAGCUAGUUCUUAUUGCAAGAACUGAGGUGGUCAAGAGGUGUUACCAAAAGAGAGGCAGGGGGCAGAAAAAAGAAGAGGAGCAAGGGACUCAAGCGAGCAAGUGAGGUAGUUAAAUAGGAUUACCAAGAGGGUGGUGCUGUUUUUCACCAGCCAUGAGGGUCCUCUUGCUUUGUGUCUGCAUGAUGCUAUUGACUGUAUCCCAAUCCCUGGCUGUCAGCUUUCCUGAAGAUGAGGACCCUGUUAAUGUUGUUGACUACCAUUAUUCAAGGCAAUAUCCAGUAUUUAGAGGACGCCCUUCAGGCAAUGAAUCUCAACACAGGCUGGACUUUCAACUGAUGUUGAAGAUUCGAGACACACUUUAUAUCGCUGGCAGAGAUCAAGUUUAUACUGUAAACUUAAAUGAAGUUCCAAAAGCAGAAGUUACUCCAAGCAAGAAAUUGACAUGGAGAUCCAGGCAGCAGGACAGAGAGAACUGUGCCAUGAAAGGCAAACACAAAGAUGAAUGCCAUAACUUUAUUAAAGUCUUUGUUCCCAGGAAUGAUGAGAUGGUGUUUGUCUGUGGAACAAAUGCAUUUAAUCCUAUGUGCAGAUACUAUCGGCUGAAUACCUUAGAGUAUGACGGAGAGGAAAUUAGCGGUUUGGCAAGGUGCCCAUUCGAUGCCAGACAAACCAACGUUGCCCUCUUUGCUGAUGGAAAAUUGUAUUCAGCUACAGUAGCAGAUUUUCUGGCAAGUGAUGCUGUUAUUUAUCGCAGCAUGGGAGAUGGAUCUGCCCUCAGAACAAUAAAAUAUGACUCUAAGUGGAUAAAAGAGCCACAUUUCCUGCAUGCCAUAGAAUAUGGGAACUACGUUUAUUUCUUCUUUCGAGAAAUUGCUGUAGAGCAUAACAAUUUAGGCAAGGCUGUGUAUUCUCGUGUAGCACGCAUAUGCAAAAAUGACAUGGGUGGUUCCCAGCGAGUCCUGGAGAAACACUGGACUUCAUUUCUAAAAGCUCGGCUCAACUGUUCUGUUCCUGGGGAUUCUUUUUUCUACUUUGAUGUUCUGCAGUCUAUCACGGACAUAAUAGAAAUCAAUGGAGUCCCUACUGUUGUCGGUGUAUUCACCACACAGCUUAACAGCAUCCCUGGUUCAGCAGUAUGUGCUUUCAGCAUGGAUGACAUUGAGAAAGUCUUCAAAGGGAGAUUUAAAGAACAAAAGACUCCAGACUCUGUUUGGACAGCUGUACCUGAAGACAAAGUACCAAAGCCAAGACCUGGCUGCUGUGCAAAACAUGGCCUAGCAGAAGCUUACAAAACCUCCAUUGAUUUCCCAGACGAAACCCUAUCCUUCAUCAAAUCCCAUCCUUUGAUGGAUUCUGCCAUUCCCUCUAUCAUUGAAGAACCCUGGUUCACAAAGACCCGGGUCAGGUAUAGGCUGACAGCAAUUGCAGUAGACCAUUCUGCUGGACCCUAUCAGAAUUACACAGUCCUUUUUGUUGGCUCUGAAGCUGGAGUAGUACUUAAAAUCUUGGCAAAGACCAGGCCUUUUUCUUUGAAUGACAGCGUAUUACUGGAAGAGAUUGAAGCUUACAAUCAUGCAAAGUGUAAUGCAGAGAGUGAAGAGGACAGAAAAGUCAUUUCCCUUCAGCUGGAUAAAGAACACCAUGCUGUAUUUGUGGCCUUCUCUAGCUGCGUUAUCAGAAUACCCCUCAGUCGUUGUGAGCGUCAUGGAUCAUGUAAAAAGUCUUGUAUUGCUUCCCGAGAUCCAUACUGUGGCUGGCUAGACCAUGGGACAUGUGGAAGAGUGAAACCUGGCAUGUUGUUCUCUUUGUUUGUUUCAUACAACCACAGCACUGGAGGAUAUGAGCAAGAUGUAGAAUUUGGCAAUACAGGACAGCUUGGGGACUGCCAUGAAAUUUUGCCUACUACAGCUACACCAGAUUACAAAAUAUUUGGCGACCCAACAUCUGACAUGGAGUUCUCUUCAGCUUCCAUUACCACAAUGGCAAGUAUCCCAGUUAUAUCACCUAAAGUGAUUGGUUCCUGGAAACCUAAAGUGACUGGCUCUCGGAAAUUUGUAGUUCAAGAUGACCCAAACACUUCUGAUUAUUCUGAUCCAUUAUCAGGUGUCCCAAAGGGUGUAAGGUGGGAAGUGCAGUCAGGAGAGUCCAACCAAAUGGUACACAUGAAUGUUCUGAUCACUUGCGUCUUUGCUGCUUUUGUCCUGGGAGCCUUUAUUGCAGGAGUGGCUGUUUACUGUUACCGAGAUAUAUUUGUACGGAAAUCCAGAAAAAUACACAAGGAUGCUGAAUCGGCUCAGUCCUGUACAGACUCCAGUGGCAGUUUCGCUAAGCUGAAUGGGUUGUUUGACAGUCCUGUCAAGGAAUAUCAGCAAAAUAUUGAUUCGCCCAAACUGUAUACAAAUCUGUUGACUAGCAGAAAAGAACUGCCACCAAACGGUGAUACAAAGUCCAUGAUAAUGGACCACAGAGGACAGCCUCCAGAAUUAGCUGCACUUCCAACUCCUGAAUCCACACCAGUACUUCAGCAAAAGACACUGCAAGCUAUGAAAAGUCAGUCAGAGAAGGCACAUAAUCUGAAUGCUUCAAGAAAAGAAACCCCUCUAAAAAGCCCUCAGUUUUUCCCUUCCAGUCCCCCACCUCAUUCUCCUUUAAGUCAUGGGCAUAUUCCUAGUGCUAUUGUUCUUCCCAAUGCUACCCAUGACUACAACACCUCUUUCUCAAAUUCCAAUGCACAUAAAGCAGACAAAAAGAUGCAAAACAUUGAUCACCCUCUCACUAAACCAUCAAGCAAAAGAGACCACAGGCGAUCUGUUGAUUCCAGGAACACCCUGAAUGAUUUUCUUAAACAUUUAAAUGAAACUACUAGUAAUCCCAAAGCAAUUAUGGGAGACAUUCAAGUGGCUCACCAGACUUUAAUGCUGGAUUCAAUGGGAAAUAUGUCUGAAAUUCCCCCUAAAGUUCCUAACAGGGAGGCAUCUUUAUACUCUCCUCCAUCUACUCUUCCCAGAAAUAGUCCAACGAAACGGGUGGAUGUCCCAACCACCCCAGGAGUACCAAUGACCUCUUUAGAAAGACAGAGGGGCUAUCACAAAAAUUCUUCACAAAGACAUUCAAUAUCUGCGCUCCCUAAAAACUUAAACUCACCAAACGGUGUUUUGUUAUCCAGACAGCCUAGUAUUAAUCGUGGGGGGUAUAUGCCAUCUGCCACUGGCACAAAGAUGGACUACAUUCAAGGGACGCCAGUCAGCGUUCAUUUACAACCUUCUUUAUCGAGGCAGAGUAGUUAUACAAGCAACGGAACCCUUCCUCGUACAGGGAUAAAGAGGACACCAUCCAUAAAACCCGAUGUACCACCAAAACCUUCAUUUGUUCCUCAAACGACUUCAGUCAGACCACUGAACAAAUACAGCUACUAGGGCUUGUGUAUUCUGUUAGCGUGUGGUAUCAGCCUACCCUGGCUGUGAGAUGAUGUUGUGGGAGACUUAUAAGACAGAGACUUGCUUGUAAUUAAAGAGAACAAAGUGGCCAAAGAAACUGUCUUCACUUCAGCAACAUCUGUGUCUUGCCACAUGUAGCUACUGCAAGACAUAACGUACUUGCUAAAAAAACAAACAGAAAAACAAAAGAAAGUGCUGGUCAUUACAUUUCUUUUGUUUGGAGCUAAGGAGACAUGUAGCACAACGGGGGUGGGGGCUACUCUACCGUUCUAAAUAGUGAUAAUGUACUUGGAGAAAUCUGUAAGCAAAUACUUGAAAAAUGGGUUCCAUUUUAGACUGCCAUUAUGUGUGGUCUUCCCAUUAAAUGUGAACAUUUUGAUAUGUAUGCAUUCACCUUGCCUCUUGCACAAAUGUCAGAAAAUGGUAAUGUCUCAAUGGAUAUCUGGGUAAAUAAGUGAUUUGCUGGAAUUCAGUCUCUGGCCCAACUGUAGCAUUCUAUUUUCCCCCCCAUGCGUGGCACUUGGUUUAUGCCACAGAUAAAGCUGUGCGUGCACGUGUAUGUGAGUGUGUACCGUACACACUAGGAUGUAUUUAGAUUCCCACUGCAUCUUUUAUGCUAUGGAAUUGUUUACACUGAGCAUGACUGAACAACCAACGACUCUUCCUUCUGCAGUCCAUUGGGUUCAGUUUGGAGACAGCUAGGAAGGAACUGUGCAUCUCAGCCACCUUCCAAAGGAUAUAUACAUUGUUGAAUUAGUAACACAGUGAAAGGGUGCAAAUCUGUUAAUUCGAAAUAACUGUAUUAUGCUGCUAUUGAUUCAGAUCUGUACAUUUCAAAUCUAGUGUUUUGGGGUGGAAUGGGGGACUCUGACUGUAUUUCUACAGUUCCCCCAUCCAGUACCUGGCCACUGUGAAUUUGAGCCCCUGUUGUUCUCAUUGUGGGCAGCUAGUAAUCAAGAACACACUAGGCAAAGCCUAUCUAACGAUAAACCGUUAUACUUUUUUUGUUGCAUUUAAUAAUGUCCUACACUCUGAUAGGCUUUUGUCUGUAGAGAGGAAGAAACAUUAAUUGGCCUGGGAGAAGCAGUCUGUGAAAACUCAACAGUAGUGCAAUCAAUAUGUUUAUGUUGUGUAAUGUAUGGAUUUUCUCCAAAGUCAUGCAGGUAAUGACAAUAUUCUGUAAAUAUUAUGUGUGAGUUUACCUGAAUCUGUGCAUUUUGUGCCUUAUUCAUGCAAAUGAUAAAAGUACUAAAAUUCUGUCAAGUGCACAUCAUAUUUCCUGAGUGCCAGUUGUAAAUUCUCUCAACAAGCACCCAAAAAAAAAAAGAUAAAGCAGGAAUAAUUAAUGGUAAAUAAAGGCAGCCUACAAUCCAAAAAGACAGCAGCAUUAAAUCACCUUCCCAUGAUAAACAUUCCACUCCAGUUCUCCUAAGGAUCAAACAGUUAUAAUGUGAAAUCAAAUGAGGUUUCUAGGGUAAUGGAACACCUGCUGAAGUUGUGUAAGCCAUUUAGUAGGUUUUACAGUAUCUACUUGCAGCUGAUGUUCACCACAGAUGGCUAUUUUAGCUUGCAAACUACACACUACCACAUUGUUUACUGAACAUAACUGUAGAAAUAACCACAGCAAAGGAAUAUUCAUGAAUUAGGGGACAAAUAACUUCAACUGGUUUCUGAGACAAUGGCGAUUUAUAUUACAUGUUAGAGGGGAGAGAGAGUUAGUCUCUGAAAACUGGAUUGCUAUUACUGAACAAAUAAUAAAGGAUAGACUUAUUCUCCCCCCUCACCCCACUUUAAGGCUGUUCUUGGUAAGGAAUUUUGAGACCUCUGAAUCCAAAAAAAAAACCAAACCCUCAUCUCUUCUUAAAUGCUUCAGUCUUGAAACUAAAACACUACAGAUUAAUAACUAUUAAAAAUACUCAUUUGUCAAGUGACAAGAAACCGAUUUAAAUUCAUUUUACAAAUAUUAAUACAGACUUGUGUGAAACCGAACCAUAAAUGUAUGUGAACCCUGAUAACUUUCUGUAACAUUGUGCUGCCUUGUAGAUGGUAAUGUGAGUUCUAUCAGUAUUUAUGUUGAAAUUUCUAACAUUCAACCUAGUCUUUAUUCUGUUAAUUUAAUAAUACAGAUGCUUUAUCCAUUUGUGCAAAGGUAAACACAGAUUGUAUCUUUUUUAAUGGUACGGCAUAAAAAGUAACCCUUAAACAAAGCUGCUCUAUACUAUAGAGUACUUUAACAUGUAUAGAUAUCUUGUAAACUUGUAUUGUGGAUGUGUAAAUAAUACGUUCUUUGGGUUUUUAACACCGCAUGUAAAGUCGAAAUAAAAUAUUCAGUGUACCAGA